GGGCCGUUCGCAAACGACAGUUUCGAUGCAUCACUUGGCCGGUUGUACGGCACGAAAAUUCCUAGUCAUCCCCUUCUGUGCCUGACAGCAUUUUAAUAAGCUGCAGAACCAACUAUGUAAAGUUUGCACGAUUUCAACUUAGUUUCACCUCACCCCAACUGCGCGGCGAGCGAUGAGCGAUGAUCCGGGCCCGAGCUCCACGGUCCGGCAGCCCCCGUCACGGUCCGAUGGCGAGUACGACACCGAGGAGCACGCCGUGCCCGGGAAUAUCGAGGAUGGCGGCCGCGGCGAUGACCGAUCCAGCGAGGAGGAAUCCACGUCACGGAAGCAGGAGAAGCGUCGGGAGGGCUUGGCCAAAAAGCUCGAGCUCGUAAGCCACCUGCAAAAGAACCUGGACAUGAUGGUCUUCGUGUACAUCUGCACUUUGUACUAUAUGGAACGCUCCCUCCUCCGCUUCCUCCUCCGGCUCGCACCGCACUACUCCUUCCUCACGCCCAAGGACGGCCUCCUCCUCCCCGCCGAACACCCCCACAUCUACACCAUCUUCAUCCCGAGCGUCCUCUGCAUCCUCGCGCACAUCUUCUUCGGCCUGCCCGAAGCCGGCGAGGCGACGCGCGGCUACCUGCACGGGGGCGUCAUCAUCGACUUCAUCGGCCAGAAGCCGCCGACCUCGAAGCUCGCCUUCCUCUGCUACGACCUGGUCAUCCUGGGCGCGCAGUGUCUGAUGCUGGCGGUGCACCAGGAGCGGGAGAACCUCAAGAAGGCCGUCUCGCCGUCCCUGCGGACCAUCAGCCUGAACGAUAGCCAGCCCGAGCAGCCGGGGGCGGCGGCGGCGGGAACGACGCAGGACCACGACGCGGAGGAGCGCGGGGAGUUGAGGGACGAAACGUACCUGGGCGAGGGCGGGGGGACGGAACUGCAGCCGCUUUCCGGCAGCGGCGGGCAAGCGGGGAGGGGUGAGGGCGCGGCGGGGGCGGCGGACGAUGAGCAGGCGGGCGGCACAUACUCGUCGGCGGCGGCGAGUGCCGACAUGCUGGAUAUUAUCAGCUCGGGCAACGCCGUGUUGGGGAACUUCCAUGUCAUCCACGCUGUCCGGGCGGUGGGCAACGGCGCGCAGGGUGCGGCCGCCUACUCGCUACGGACCCUCGGAUACAGUGCCACGAUUGCCGCGCUUGCUGCGGAACGGAGGAGCAGGCUUGUUUCCGCGAGGCAGAGGUAGUAAUAAUGCCCUGAACGUGUUUCCUGGUUGUGCAACGUCCAAAGAGGGUUUGGUUUAGGCGGGCCCGCCUUAAAAAUGAGCUUUGGUUUUAUUCCUUAUGCUACCUUCCUCCCGACAUUAC